UCCUGGUGGAGUCUGACAUGUUUAUCUCUAUUAUUACUUGUGGGCAGGUUCACUUUUUGUACAAAGGCACUCUAAGGGUGCUCUUGGUACUGCUUCAUGAUUUUCCAGAGUUCCUUUGUGAUUAUCAUUUCUGCUUCUGUGAUGUGAUUCCACCCAGUUGCAUUCAAAUGCGGAAUGUUAUUUAAAGUGCAUUCCCACGAAACAUGAGAUUGAUUUGCUGGCUGAACUCAGCCAAUCACCGGGCAUUCUCUCUGAGGUUGAUGGUGCUCUGAAAGCAAAGCAGAUUAAGGCUGACAUUGAUGAGUAUCUCAAGUUAUCUUGAGUUGUCAUUAUUUUUCUCUACCUAACAUUGAAAAAUUUUCUUAUUUUCAUAUUUACAUAGUAAACCAUGUUAUACUAUUAUAUAAGUGCAUGUUGCCAAAUCAUGUGAAUUUUAAAGUAUUUAGAGCAUGAUUUUACACCAUUCCCUAUGUUGCAGCCCAUGUAAAUCUUAGGAGCAGAUCCAUCACUAAAUCCCAACUACAUCAUCCCAAGUCCAACCACAUAUCAUAAUCCAACUUGGUAGUAGACAUUCCUCUUAUUCAUAUAGAUCAGCUAAGAUUAGGAUGAAGAAUCUGAUUCAUAUAGAUCUCCCUUUGAAUCAUCAUUUACCAUGAAAAUUCUAGUUGAGUGCAGAAAACAUGGCUAGCUAUUCAAAUAAAUGUGUCUCUUGAUUUUCACUUAAACUGCAAAUCAUUUUUUAAAGUGCUUGAGAUCAUGAUCACCUAUCAAUGCAAUAUAAGCAUAUAUGUGUAUGCAUGCAGAUGUGCAGGGACUAAACAAGAAAAUAAAUUAGAUCAAGAUUUAGGCAAAAAAAUAAAAUAAAAAAUACAAACACAUAUGAAUUUGCAUUUAGCUCUUUUUUUUUUUUUUUUCCUUUUAUACUAAACCUCCUAAUAGAGUAGUAAACCACACUGUGUGACUGUGUGAUUCUAAUCCUUAUGAAUAUUAUUUGGCAGUGAUAGUUGCCAACUUUUGUUAGGCGUUUCUAACUUUUCCCAUUUCCACUUGUUAUGAAGGACACUGAGUAUGUGAAGGAACUGAAGGAGGCUUUCAAGGUCUUUGACAAGGAUCAAAAUGGUUACAUUUCUGCUGUAGAGGAAAAUAUUGCUGCUGAUGGCUUGCUAUAAGAGGGAUGUGCAUGUUAGCUUUCCUUUUCAGCAAAAUUCAGGUUUCACUAUCAACCUGAAUUUUGCGAAUCUUGCUGGGAACAAAACUCGAUGGGGUGUUAAGAAGCCUCGAAUCAUGGAAAAUUCUUUCAUGAUCUUGUCGAAUGCAGGUCUUGGGAUGGCCAUGUUCAGUCUUGGACUGUUUAUGGCCUUACAGCUAAGAAUCAUAGCUUGUGGGACUAAACUUGCCGCAUACGGAUUGGUUGUGAGGUUCCUUGUUGGCCCAGCUAUCAUGGUGAUCGCAUCUGUUGGGGUUGGCCUCAGAGGCACAAUCCUCAGAGUGUCCAUUGCCCAACCAUGUACAAGCUUUCGAAUCAAAGCGAAGCUAAGAAUAAGGUGUUAGUUGAUGGUAAAUUGAUAACCAAUAGAGGCACAUCCAUGGAGUUUUCACUUGCAAUUGUUGAGAAGCUAUUUGGCUUCGAGAAGGCAUUAGAUCUUGCUAUUAAUGAGAACUUUAAAUAGACAUAUAACAAUUAUGUUGGCAUUGAACUUUUGUGAAUGGAAAUGAAUGAUUGUAUAUGAUUGAAUGAAUGAUUGUGUUUGAUUGAAAGAAUGAAUGAUUUAGCC